AUGGCGGAGUACGGAGACGGGGAGAACGCUGCGGGGAGCCACAUGCUCGUGAGCUUCGAAGAGGAAGUUGAGACAUUUCUCAUAAACCUACACGACUUCGUGUACCACCGAAACGCAGAGGCAAUAAAGAAAUUGUUCGAUACCGACUUCUAUGCCAUAUCGGAGAUCUACUUCAAGAACAUCCGAUGGCCAUCGAUCAAGUUGGUAGAUAUUUUCUACAAGCAGAAAAAUCGUUUUCACAAUCUGAUUCACUCUCUUUAUGAAGAACUGUAUUACAGACACGUAUUCAUAAUAAAUGAUGUUACGUUGGAAGAUAGAAAAAAUUCGUGGGAUAACUACAAAUGUCUUUUGAAUUUUAUUUCCACCAUAUGUUCGGAUCCAUCUGGAGAUACGAACGACAAUGUGCUGGUGAUGCCAAACGUGUGGAUUCACGAUUUCCUGUCCGAGUACCUUUAUCAAUACCAGUCUAUGUGUCAUUACAAGCUAAAAUUAUUGAAGAAUCCAGAGGAGAAUAAAGAAGGAAUAAACUUCUUGAUAAAACACACUGAUGUUUUUGAGAGUAGCAUUGUGUUUGAAGUUUUACAUAGUCUAUUGUUGAAGGGUGAAUUUACUAACCUUUCGGAUGAGGAAAGAAGUAUCUUUGUGCAUAAUGUUUUUCACGUAAGCAAUGAAGAAUUAUCCAGUAGGUACCAGUUUUCAUACUUCGCUUGUUGUAUCUUAUUGAAAGCGUAUGUUCUAAUGGGAGAUUACUACACCGCAUUAAAAAUAAUAUCGUACAUAGAGCUAAGUCACAAGGCACUUUACUGGAAGGUAACUCUCUGCCACAUCAAUAUUUAUUAUCACGUUGCAUUUUGCUACAUGAUGUUGAGAAGGUACAACGAUAGCAUUAAAGUUUUGUCUCAAAUAUUAAUUUAUCUAUCCAAACAGAAAGUUCAUUUGUCGAAUCAGCAAAGGUAUGAGCAGAGCCAAAUCCAUAAGUUGAUAGACAAAAUGUAUUUCAUUGUAAUUAUUUGCCAUACGUUGAGUAAUACUAGACUAGAUGAAACAGUAUUGCAAAAUAUAAAGGAAAAUUAUUCGGGAAAAUUUUAUGCUCUUCUCCAGACAACGAAUGAGCAAGCUUAUGCUGAUCUCUUCUACAAAGUCGCUCCUAAAUUUAUCGACCCUCUUUCUAACAUCAGUUUCCAACUAUUGACGAACUUUGAAAAUGUACAGAAUCAGACUUACAAUUCCGAUCCUAUGACCACCCAACUUAAUAUUUUUUUAAAAGACGUUUCCUACCAGAAGAAGGCUUUCCACUUUAUGUCCUACUCCAAAUUGUAUCAUAACAUUCAAUUGAAAAAGUUGAGUAGCCUCAUGAAUUAUGGAGAACAGAGACGCCUUGCAACAGAACAGAAGGAGUGGCAAAAAAGCGGACUAGUGAAGAACCCCAUGGGGGAUGCUGAAAAUGGAGAAAUUCCACCUAACGAGGAACAGGUCUGCGCAGAUAUUAUGUGCGUUAAGAAUUCCGGGAGGCAACUCGUCUGGAAAGAGGGCCCAUUAUACAAAGGUGAAGUGGUUACAUCUGUGUUUGGCUCCUCCUUCGACUUUUACAUCGAUAUGGAUAUACUGAACAUUAAGACGCGGGCACAGCAGAAGAUCUUCAUUGACUACUUUAUGCACCAAAUUAACAUGUGCAAAAAUUUAAGUAACAAUUUGCAGGGUACUGGUGCGCCACAUGCGUAUAAGGCCAAGUACGAGAACUUCAGGCGCAAGAACAAGGGCAAGGGCCGCCCCAAGGUGUGA